AUGCCCUUCAUUCUCCCGGAAGCGCAGGGGCACUCUGCAAAUACCUGCCUUGGCCAUCAUUCUGCUGUGGCAGUCCUCCGACAUGGUGAGCGUCAGGACUCGGUCUUCGGCUCCGCGUGGCACGGCACGGAGGAUUUCCAGCGGUACCCAUUCGAUUGUCCGAUCACCGACCAUGCGGUCUGGGAAGCUCAGCAUGCGGCCCACCAGUUGCGCAACUUCGCUGACUUCCACGUGAUCGUCUCGUCUCCCUACUUGCGCUGUGUGCAAACCGCCGUCGCCCUGGCAGAUGCUUUGGAUAUCAUGGUGGUCUUGGACUACGAGCUCGGGGAAGUCUUCGGCCCACCGGUCUUCGGGGACGUGGAGCUCCGGAAUGGUCGAGUUUGGCGAUCCAGAGAGGAGCUUCAUGCUGCUCUGAAGGAUUGGAGCCCCCAGCUUCACAAAGGCUUUUCGAAGCUCCCGGUCGACCGAGUGUGUUGGGAGAAGGUUUCGGGUCGCCCGCCCAGCUGGGGCGAAAAGAUGAAAGAUGCCCGUCAGCGUUAUGCCAGGAGGUUCCUGACCCACCUCAGUCGUGGUCGGCGCUCUGGGAAAGGUAUGAUUCUGGUAAGUCACGGAAUCAUGGUGCAGACCUGCCUCAAGGUGUUGCCCAGCACUUCGGCCUUGAGUGUGGCAUCCGUCCCUUUCUGUGGUGGACUGAUGGCUGGCCUCCGCCGUCUCUCCAAGCAGGUCGGUGCCGAGCUCACGAACCCUGCCCCCUCGGAGCUGACGGAGGUCAAUUUGCGGAGCCACGAUUCCGCCGAGAACUGGCCCGAGAGGAACAGCCCGAGGAAGUCAGCAAAUCAUCAUGUUGAGGCAGCCCAGCUUCAUGCAUGGGACGUUCAGGCCGUUGGUGUUGAGUUUGACACCACGCACAUGCCAAGGGAAUCCGCGGCAGUGGGGAAGCAUGCUCCUCAACGCCUUGCAAGGCUAAGUGCUGGCAGCUGCUCCUGGGCUCAGAUCGAGCUCCUGUCCGGGCAGCUUGCGACCGAGACGAGUGGUCCUCUUGAGCUCAGAGGCACUGCAACACAGGACAGCAUCGAGCAGCAGCAUGUUCCCGUGGUGGAGGACACUGUUCCACAACUGAGCCUUCAGAGCAGUCGCCUGCUGGGAAGGAGGCUCAGCCAGCGGUCCUUAGCCGCUUCCCGGCUCAGCCAAUGA